CAUCGGAAGGGUAGGUUCUGUUUCAUAGUUCCUCAGUCAGUGAGUCUUCCUGUUUUUAUUUGCAACGGAAUAAAACAUAAUACGCGCAUGUUACAUUUUUUCCCUCCCUCACAACCGCCGUCAAACAUAUCAACCCACUGAAUGUGUUUUGAGUUUUGUCCAAUCAAAGGAAUAUCCAAAAGGAUGUAGUGAGUCAUCAAGGAUGAAGUGAAAUUGUGCCUUUAUAAGACAACAUUUUCGUUGGUGGUCUAUUGAAAUGGAAUCAAUAUGAAGUUAUUAAAUGAAGAUACGUGAUGCUAUAUGUGAUACAGAUCAUCACGCGAUGGUGUAAAUUGAAGCGUACUAAUCAGUAAAGUUUACAAAAUCAUACCAUGAACUGGAUUGAGAGGAGUCAACGCAAAUCGUAGAUAUUAUUUUCUGGUAUCUGCUGUCCAGUCUAAUGCUUGCUUGCGGUCUUGGUGGUGCUCGUGUCGAUUACAUAUAAUUGCAAUGGCCUUUCGUCGGGUGCAAACACAAAUGGUGUCACAUGUGUUGAUUUCGAUGAUGGUCUUCCUACCGGCAUUGACCUGUCCCGGGAUUGUAACCAACGAAGUUCACGUAGAUUGUGAUGACGACACCAAAACAGCCAAGUCAAAGAUCAACCCUACGACUCCGAUUACUGAAUACUUUAAAGAGCAUGAAGUCAGCGAAAAGGAUUCUCGAUUGGCCUUGGAAGCAUUGGAUUUAGAACAAAUUGCUAAAGUUCCAGCCUGGUGUGAAGAAUGUGACAUUGAUAAGAUUAAUUUCUGUCACUCAGCGGCGUUCAUCAACGAUCACUGCUGCUGUGAGCACCGUCAUGCAAGGGAAAAAUUGUCAUGGAUUCCGCAUACAUGCUAUUUGGGAAAAGAACGAUGCCAACCUCAUACUAGUUCCUGUAGCAAGUACCGAGAGAUACGAGAAUGUUGCUGUGAUCGCUUGCUUAUUGGAGAGUAUAAAGCUAGAUUCUCUACGGGAUCCAACACCUGUAAACCAAAACGGGUGGCCAGCUGGGUUCUGUCAGUGGGCUGGAUGACGAUCGGAGCAAUCAUUCUUCUCAGUUAGUAGCUGAGAGAAACAUAAAACGACGGAUUCUGCACCCACCAAAGACCAACCGUACUAUAGUUGACUAGAAUGAAUGAGCAACUCGAGCGAUUUGGUAAUCCUACAGAUUGGAUAAAAACUUAUUGCAUCACCAGUGUCAUAUAGGUUAAACAAAGUGUUAAAAACGACAAUAAAUGACGUAGUUUUUUGGCAUUUUAUAUCCAACCCAACUCUUGUAUUGUAGCAAACUGCAGCAUUAAUCCAAGCUUCUUUCGAAAACAGGAAAACCCUUUUGUGGGUUUUUUUUAUGUUCUAAACAUGUCAACUUGAUUUUGUAAUCUUCUCAUAUCAAUCGAAAUUGAUAAAAUGAACCGAAUUGAUUGAAGUUUCAAGUUGUAACUUUCACGUUCUACAUUCCUUAAGUUUUUAUUGAUGUAUUCUAUUCUUAUAGUUUAUCGGCAAAGCUAAUGUUGACAAUAACAACAAUAUCAUUUAUUUGAUCGAUUGUCCUAGCUUUAAAUAUUGCUGUCACAAAAUCUCUAAUACUCUCUCUUCUAGCGUAAAUUCUACGUCAUUUGUGAAAAAUCCACCAACAAGGAAUAAGUAUGUACAUUGCUAACACGAUCUACCAACAAAGCGUUUAAGGCUGUGGCAGUUUAGCGCUGAUUAUUCAUGUGCUAUAAUAGGUUUUUAUGUUAUUUAUAUAAUUUAUGUUAUUUAUAUGUUUAAGUCAAUAUAUUUGUGAGUAAGCAUCUUUUCAUUAUUUUAGUUACCAUUUGGUCAACAUAUCAUACGUCGCAGAAAUAAAAAAAAACUAAUUAUACCCGAAAAAUGUGACAGAACUCUCACCAUUAAUUAUUAGAAUAGAAACAUUGAUUCUGUGUUUAAAACAUUAGCGGAUCUGAAUGUAUCUUGGCCAAACGUUCAUUUGAAGUACAUUUACUACUGUAAGUUUCACACAGAAAUAUUUUAAUCGCUAUUGUCUUAAGUUUGAAUAUUUCAUGUCCUAGUAUUGAGCCGUACUAUAAAAAUUAUAUUCACAGAAAAUAAUACGACGUACCCUUACUAUAAAUUAUUUUAGAUAGCGCCUAUAGGAGAAACAUAACAAGUGGUUUCGAUUACUAAACUACUGGAGAUUUCCUCAACAUAUAUAUAUUUUGAAAUAUUUGAUGAAAUAUAUGAGAACCGCUACCAAAUAAAAGCAAACAGCAAAACUUGAAAAA